CUGAAAGUAUUCUUCGAAUUUCGUAACAAUCAGGCAGUAUGUCAACAGAGGUUAAAGAUAGCAAGACAAAGAGAGCCUGUAGUUCAGGGAGAAACUUGACAAUCAGUAAGAAGAGGCAGUCGGGAACCAGUGGUGAGGUUGGAAAUCUCACUUGAAUCUAAAGAAAAUUCUCCUGAGGAUUCAUGCAUACUGAGACAUAUACUGUCAAAUAGUCAUUCAGAGAGGAGAAAGUGCAACUCAAAUUCAACAAUGAACGGGCUCUCUAAGACAUCUCUGGACCUCCGGGACACAAAGAGAAUACAUAACGCAUGGAAAUCCAGAAUACAUGACUUCAUCCAGAGUCCAUUACUAUGGAGGAAAAUAAAAAGACAGGAAACAAAUGAAACAUGCCUACUGGGAGAAUCUCUGGAGACACUCAUUUCCCAGAAAUGUGGACGAAUAGCAUUUUGGGACUUUCUGAAAUCAGAGUUUUGUGAGGAAAAUCUGGACUUCUGGCUCGCCUGUCAAGAGUUCAAAACCUCUGACCGUCCGGAGGAGCUAACACGGAGAGUAACAAGUCUCCCAGAGAGUUACAGUCCGAGCAAUACAAAGUCCUGCUUGCUGCAGCUGCUAAGCAGAGGGGCCUUCCGAAGCACAGAAAGGCCUUGAAGAUAAGGAGCACCGGAGAUCCAAUGCAGCAUGAUUUAAAACCAAUCAGCCUGCAGUGUGAGGUGUAUCUCUUGCACAAGGACUGACGCCAUGCAUGUUGAUGGUGUUAAGUGGACGCAGGCUCAGGAACUGCUUUUGAGAGAAACUGUGCAGGCACUUCCCCUCCCCUUAAAACAUUACCUCAACAACACAAUGUCUGACAAGACUGAAAGCAGUGCCAGUGCGAUUGACAUAACACACUGCAGGCGGUGCCACCUCGUCCACCACAUGUUAGACUGUGUUUUAACAUGUUGGGGCACUUUGCUAAGACAGACAAAGUCUAGAAUGUAAAUAUUUCUGGUUUUAUACAAGUGAAAUGCACAUGACUGCAAGACCGUUGUGUAUUUUGUGAUUUUGCACUUAAACAAUAUUUAAUAAAGUUUGAAUGAUUUUGCCCUGUA